CCCGCGCGGUUACGUCACGGGGCGGGGCCUCGCGCGGCGGGAAGCGGCGGCGGAGAAUGGAGACCCCCGAGGGUGACGGCGGCGCGCCCGCGCGCGGGUCCCCGGACCCCGGCCCGGCCCCCAGCAGCACCUCGGGCGGCGCCGGCCACUACGAGCUGCCGUGGGUUGAAAAGUACAGGCCCAUGAAGUUGAACGAAAUUGUUGGGAAUGAAGACACGGUCAGCAGGCUGGAGGUCUUCGCACGGGAAGGAAAUGUGCCCAACAUCAUCAUUGCGGGCCCCCCGGGGACCGGCAAGACCACCAGCAUCCUGUGCCUGGCGCGCGCCCUGCUGGGCCCUGCGCUGAAGGACGCGGUUCUGGAGCUCAACGCGUCCAACGACAGGGGCAUUGAUGUGGUGAGGAAUAAAAUCAAAAUGUUCGCUCAGCAGAAAGUCACUCUCCCCAAAGGGCGGCACAAGAUCAUCAUCCUGGACGAGGCGGACAGCAUGACCGACGGCGCCCAGCAGGCCCUGAGGAGGACCAUGGAGAUCUACUCCAAGACCACACGCUUCGCACUCGCCUGCAACGCCUCGGAUAAGAUCAUAGAGCCCAUCCAGUCCCGCUGCGCCGUGCUGCGCUACUCCAAGCUGACGGACGCGCAGGUCCUGGCCCGGCUGCUACGCGUCAUCGAGCUGGAACAGGUGCCGCACACCGAUGACGGCCUGGAGGCCAUCGUCUUCACAGCGCAGGGGGACAUGCGGCAGGCUCUGAACAACCUGCAGUCGACCUUCUCGGGCUUCGGCUACAUUAACAGCGAGAACGUGUUCAAGGUCUGUGACGAGCCGCACCCGCUGCUGGUGAAGGAGAUGCUGCAGCACUGCGUGAACGCCGACAUCGACGAGGCCUACAAGAUCCUGGCACACCUGUGGCACCUGGGCUACUCCCCGGAGGAUGUCAUCGGCAACAUCUUCCGCGUGUGCAAGACCUUCCAGAUGGCCGAGUACCUGAAACUAGAGUUCAUCAAGGAAAUCGGGUACACGCACAUGAAGAUCACAGAAGGCGUCAACUCGCUGCUGCAGAUGGCGGGGCUGCUCGCCCGGCUGUGCCAGAGAACCAUGGCCCCCGUGGCCAGCUAGCCGGGGCUCCAGGCGGCCUGGCCGGCAG